AUGAGCCAAUUGGCCAUUAGACAAGCUACCAAUAACUACCAAACCUACUACAAACCCUACGACUCCUCAACUUCCCCCACAACCCCAACCCUAUCAGACCCUCUCCAACACGAUCCAACCCUCACCCUCAUCACCACCGACCUCCUCAUCCCUGGCCGCGGCCCCCCCACCAAAGCCACCGCCGUCGUCCUCUCCUCCAAGACCAACAAAAUCCUCUUCGUCGGCCCUAUCCCCUCCCUCCCCCCAAAAUACACCCACCUCCCCCACACCCACACCCACGUCCCCAUCCUCCUCCCCGGCCUCUGGGACUGCCACUGCCACUUCCACGGUGCCACCACCCUCAAUCUCACCCCUAUCGCCACCACCCACCCGGCGACCGCCGGCGCGCGCCUCGCCCGCUCCGCCGCCGACACGCUCGCGGCCGGCUUCACCUCCGUGCGCGAACUCGGCGGGUACGCACCCGAAAUCGCGUCCGCAAUUGAGGACGGGAUUAUCCCCGGCCCAACCAUCUACAGCGCCGGCGCGGCGCUGAGCCAGACGGCCGGCCAUGGCGACCUGUUCGACCUGCCCGUGGGGUGGGUGUGGCAGUGCCAGGGGGUCGGCGCGGGGAUCUCGCCGCUGUGCAUCGCGGACGGGGUGGAGGAGUGCCGCAAGGCCGUGCGACUGCAGAUACGGCGCGGGGCGAAGGUUAUUAAGGUGCUGGCGAGCGGGGGCGUGUUGAGCAUUGCUGAUAAUCCGCUGUACCAGCAGUUUUCGGAUGAGGAGUUGCGGGUGGUUGUGGAGGAGGCGGGGCGGGCGCAUCGGGUGGUGGCGGCGCAUGUGCAUGGGAAGGAGGGGGUGAUGGCGGCGUUGAGGGCGGGGGUGAGGACGGUGGAGCAUGGGACGUGGCUUGAUGAGGAGGCUAUGGAGGUGAUGAAGGAGAAGGGUGUUAUUUUGGUGGCGACGCGGACGAUUGUGAAGGAGGCAAUGAAGAAUAAGGACUUGAUGAGUCCGGAGUCGGCGAAGAAAAUGAUGGAGGUGAUUGAGCAGAGUGAUCGGAUGUAUGCGGCUGCUAUCAAGGCGGGGGUAAAAAUUGCGCUAGGAACAGAUCUUGGGAUUAGCACGCCGGGUCAGGGGUUGAGUCAUGGGAAUAAUGGGGGUGAGUUUGCGUAUGCGGUUGAGUCUGGCAUGACGCCGUUGGAGGCGAUUGAGGCGGGGACUGCGAAUGCGCCGGAGACUUUGGGGGAGCAGGCGCCAUUGAGUGGGCAGAUUCGGGAGGGGUAUGAUGCGGAUGUCAUUGCUGUGGUUGGAAAUCCGCUAGAGGAUAUCAAGGUUCUUGGGAGUGCGAAGAAUAUCAGCCAUGUGUGGAAGAGGGGGGAGUUGGUUAAAAGUCCUUCGUAG